AUGUCGGGCAAAAAACUUCCUGAGCUUGCGGGCUUCAAAACCAUCAACGCCAAACUCCUCGUCAGCGAGGAGACUUCAGGGAAAGCACCCGCGGACCAUCCAGCUGCUGUUGUCAUCUACGGCUGGGGCGAUGGACUUGCCAGACAUGUUGGAAAAUAUGCUGAGGGCUAUCGCGCUCUUUUCCCUCAUUCCAAGAUUCUUAUCAUCUUGAGCCCUAUUUCCGACGCUAUGUUCACGGGUCUUGAGACACGAACACGCGCCAUGCAGCAUGUUAUCGACAACCUCGAUGGACUUCUCGAUGAAAAGACAGCGCCUAUUCUUAUUCACAGCAUGUCCAACACGGGUGCUAUCAGCUACGCCACUACGCUCAAGGCUUUCAGGGACAAGAAUGGUAGGCAGAUGCCUCAUCAACUUCUUGUCCUCGACUCAACGCCCGGAAACCCCUUUUGGUCGUGGGAGAGACUAGGUCAAUGGUCCCACGCCAUGGCCCUCGGCACCGCCAAGUUCUUCCCCUGGCCUUUUGUCAUCACCAAGGGCAUCUGGGGCUUUGUGCUCACCUUGGACGUCGUUAUCAAGAAGCUCACAGGUGGAGAGCCUUCUGGUGCUUUCGCCCUGCGAGUUGUGGACGAUACAAACUACGAGACACUAGACUCCAAGCGAUUGUAUCUCUACAGCAAGGAGGAUCAGAUUAUUUCUCAUAUGGAUAUCGAGGGCUAUAUUGCUGAGUCUCAGCAGAGAGGCUACGAGACUCGACAGGAGCUGUUUGUGGAUACUGACCAUGUUGGACACAUGCGUGAGCAUCCUGAGCAGUACUGGAAGGCUAUCUCAGAAGCCUGGAAGUGGAGUAAUGACGAGUAA